AUGUUUGCAAAACGAAUGUGGGUCUCUCUGCCCAUCGAAAGCUACGACACUUUCGCUUUUGCCGACGUCGAGCGAAGCCAUCCCGAGAAUCAUAGCAAGCCAUCCGAACCUCCACGCUCAAUUGAACACCCCCUAACCCCGCAAACAAGAGGAAGGGGCGAGACGACAGACCGAACCUCACACUUUCCCUUUUAUCGAAUCGGAGGAAGGGUUCCUCAGCGCGAACCCCCGAGAGACUCGCCCGCCAUGCCGCAGGACAUGCCGCCCGUUGGCGGCUACGGAGCCGUGCAGUACAAGCGCAACCUCCCCGCCCGCGGCUUCCGCCCCGCCGCCCUCCUUCUCGGCGCCGGCCUCGUCAUGGGCUUCGGCUGGUACAAGCUGACCCUCGGCAUCCGGGAGCAGAACGAGCUCGCGCGCGAAAAGAUGUGGUCCCGCAUCCACCUGAUCCCGCUGCUGCAGGCCGAGGAGGACCGCGACCUGGUGCGGCGGCACCUGGCUGACCAGGCGCGCGAGAAGGAGCUGCUGGGCGAGAACAUGAAGGUCUACAACUCGGACCGGUACGUCCGGCCGACGUUUGCCGUCACCCCGGAGAAGGUGACCAAGUAA